AUGGCGGCCGAAGUGCCAGUUUGUGAUGUGCUAUGUGAGGCGAUGGAAUAUUUAUCGAAAUUGGGUUCCAACCUCCGUGCUCGUUCUGAAAGUUUAAAAGAAAAGCGCAUACGUAAAGAUAAAUUAAAGAAUUCGCAUGCAGUUCAGAAAGCCGCUGAUAAAGUUCUUCUUAUUUGUGAAUUAUCUAAAAAGUCACUUGAAAAUGUUGAAAGUGGUGUACGUACAGUUCUGUCUAAAGUAAAAGACAGUUAUCAAACAUCCAGUAAAAAAACCACAUCGCCUUCAACAUCGAAAAAACAUGAUCAUUAUCAAUAUUUUACUGUACAGUCUCGCUCAGUAAGAAUAUCAAAAAAGGUUCCGCUGAAACAUUACAUGUCUGUGAAAGUUUUGGCGCGCAAUAUGGCCAAAUCGUUUUGCGAUAAGUACCCUGUUCAUUACGAUUGUAAACUCUAUAGAGAAAGGAAAAGUUUGGAAAAGAGAAAAUCUGAAACUAAAGUUAAGGAUAGCGUUGAAGAACUCAAUGAAGAAAAACCGAACACAGGUGAAAAGGAUAAAAGUGAGUGUCUUGUGGAACCAACACAAAACAAUUCUAUUGAAUGUAACAACAGCGAUCCUGAUUCUAUUAAAAAUAAACAUAAUAAUGGAUUAAAAUCUUUAGAUGAACCUACUGAAAGUGAAAGCAAAUUAAAAAUGAACUUAGGGGAUGAGAUUCAAAGUAAUGAUAAAACAACCGAGAUUGGCCUGAAAGUGCCUGAAGAAGAUCACCUGAAGAAUAAUAGGAAUGAACAAAUACAUGAUACAGGGUCAGUAAACAACAAAUAUGAAAAUAAUACAGAGAAAGACGAUGAUAAAUAUUGUCCUGAUAUAAAAAAAAACUCUCCGGUCCCUGAUUAUGGGGGACUGGAAGAGAAAGUAGCUAAUAAAAAAGAGCAAUGUGAUUUAAAAACAAGUAAAAGGAGCAAUAGUAUGUCUGAAGAUACAGACCUGACUGAAAAGUCUAAAAAGCAUAUGAAAAAGAGGUUCAAACAUAUAAGAAUUAUUGAUGACAGUUCUGAAAAUAGCAGUGAACCAUUAUGUGGAGAGCCAUCUGUGCAAUACAAGGAUGGACAAAAUUCAAGUAAAACUGAUCUUGAAAUUAGUGAUAAAAGUAAACAACAACAACAGGAACAAAGUGAGGUUUCUGAAAAAGAGAGAAAUAUAGAAGGUGCUGUGGACAAGGAAGAAGAAAGUAAAUCAAACAGACCUAUGAUAAAAUGUGUCAGUAUAAACAAACUCCUUAAACCUGAUAUUUUGAAAAAUAAUGAGAGUAAUAAUUUGUCUAAAGAAAAUAAAGAAACUAGUAACAUAAAAAAAAAGAUAGAAAAUAAAAAAAGUGCUAAGGUAAAUAGCAUUGACAAAUAUCUUGCAAAGAAAAAAAGUAAAGAUAUUGUUGAUAAGAACAAUAUGACAAAAAAUGUUUUAGAAAUAAUUUUAUCAAGUGAUGAUGAAGAGUAUUGGUCUCAAAAACGUAAAGAAGUCAGCACAUUUAAGUCUAAAAAGUUGACAAUUAAUGUUAAUAGGCUUCCAGUUUUAACACCAAAGUUUUUGCAAAUACAUAAUUUAAAGAAAAUAACUCAAAAUAGUAAAACCGUUUGUGAACUUGGUGAAGAUCAAAUGAAUAAUACUAGCUGCUCUGAUAAAGUUAACAAUGUAACCACAACAGAAAAAUCUAAAGAGUUUAAGCAGAAUCCUUCUGAAAAAAUUGAUAAAGUGAAAAAUUCUCUCUUAAAUGAAUCCGAUUCUGAAAAGUCAGAUAGUAAUCAGCAUUCUAAUUUGGAAGAGGUUGUAAAAACUGUCAAAACAGCAUUAUUGAAUUUUUCAGCUGCUGAUAAUCUAAAUACACAAAGCUGCAGUACAGAAAAUGUGGUGGUAGAUAAAGAAUCGCAGGAAAAUGCCAAAAGUAAUAACCAUGAUGAACAAUGUUUAAUUCAAACUGAGGAUGUUGAACUUGAAAAGGGAAAUGCUAAAGAUGAUCUUCUUAAUAACUCAGAUUCUGGCAUUAAUUUUAAAAUUAAUGAAAAAAAAUUACAGAAAACUGAAUAUAAUGAGAAUAAUACAAUAGAAAUUAAAACAAGCCUGCUUGCAGAAUCUGAUUCGGAUGAGGCUGUAAAAAACUCAAGACAAAAUAUUUGUGAAGAAUAUCACAAGGAAGACCAAAUGGAAAAGGAUAUUGUUAAUGAUUUUCAGAGUAAUUUACUUAAUAAAGAUUCAAUUAGGCAGUCACAAGCAGCUGAUAUCGACAAUCACACUUUAUCGAAAAAUAAUUGUUCUGAAAAUGUUGAAUUGUCAGUUGGUGAUCCCUCCUUACAAAGGAAUAUACAAUUAAAUAAAGAUGAACCAAAUAAGUCUGAUGAUCAGUUAAAUAUACCACUUAGCAAAAAAAGAAAACGUAGACAAUCCAUAAAAUAUAGAAGAAAACAUAUUAUGGAAAGUAUGCAUGCCAAAAAGAUGUUGCUAACUUAUUCAAGUUCCGACACUGAAGACGAACAAUUGAAAGAUGCUUUAAAAGAAAUCAAAGACUCAUUAUUAAAAGAAAUGUCUUCAGAAGAAGAAAAUACUGAAAAGUUGAAGGUGUCUAAUAAAAGCUCUACCUCAUCAGAAUCUGAGGAAGACAUAUUAAGGAAAGUAAAAAGAUUGAAGAAACAAGAUAAUGAAGGUGAUAUUAUAAGUAGAGAAACAGAACAUGAAAGUACAAAUUCUGAAAAAACAGCUCCAAAUAGUAAAGUGCAAAGUGUAGACAGCAUCGAUGAAAAGUCCAACUCUGGUAGUAGCAAGAUGGGGCGGUCUAGGGCACAACCUGGUGGCAGCAGCCAGAAUUCAGACAGCCAGGAACCAAAUGACAAAGAUAUUGAUGGGCUCACAAAUCUUAAAAGUCUUAUGAAAAGCCGUCGACGGCGUGAUUCGACGACAACCACGGACAAUACAGAGAACUCAAGAAAGAGCAGACAAAUGGCCAAAACUCCGCUUAUAAAUGAAGAUAAUAUGCUGAAACCCGACAGUAGCUCAGAUGGCGCUUCUGCAAGUGGUGCUGAGAGCGACGGCGGUGACGCAGACGAUCUACCAUCGGUAACAUUAACUGGUUUAAAUGGCUCUGGUAUUGAUCAUCUUGCAAAAGAUGAUCUACUGGAUGAAAGUGAUACGUCAACCUCGCACAAUGAAAAGGAAGAGACAAAUAAGAAAUCGGAGUCGGAAGAAGAUCACAAUCCUAAAUCGAAGCGUCGCAAAGCUCACGCAAUAUCGUCGGACUCCGAGGCCGGUUCCUCUCGCAAGAAGGAUCCGGGUGUUAAGCUUAGUGACUUCGAAGAUUCGGAAGACGAAAGUUCGGAGCCUGCCAAGAGGAACAAGCGAAAGAAAGUCGACAAUGAACGCGCAGACAGUGAUGGAUCAGCGGGGUCCUCAUCUGAUGACGGCGGCACAAAGAAACGGCGUCGUAUAGUGCAGUUAAAUGAUAGCGAUGUUUCUGGAUCAGACACUGAGAACGAAGGCAAGAAUAAGCAUGGAAGGAAGAACAUUCGUAAGGUGAUGGGUAAAAACCAAUUGGAAGAGGCUACUAAGAAAGCUGCAAGAGAAGAAAAGGAGAGAAUCGCUCGAAUAGCCGAAAGGCAAAAAUUGUAUAACAAUUUGGAGUUUGAUGAAUCCGGCAAACCAGAUGAGGUGGUGCUAGAAAAGGUUGUGUUGGAUUUCGAUCCAGAAACUAAGGAGCCACUGAUUCAAGUGGACAGAGGACUCGUCAAGAAACUCAAACCGCAUCAAGCAAAUGGUAUAAAAUUCAUGUGGGACGCGUGCUUCGAAAGUGUUAAAAGAAUCAAGAAGGAUAGAGGAUCCGGCUGUAUAUUAGCCCAUUGUAUGGGUCUUGGGAAAACUUUACAGGUGGUAUCGUUAACCCACACUCUCCUCACACAUAGUGAUUUAACGACAGUGAACCGAGUUCUGGUUGUCUGUCCAUUGUCCACUGUCCUGAACUGGGUGAAUGAAUUCAAUAUGUGGCUCAAGCAUUCCGAGACUGAAUACGAUGUGGAUGUUUAUGAGCUGUCUAGGUACAAACAGAACUCUGAACGAGCUUUCCAGCUCCAACAAUGGCUGCAACAUGGCGGUGUAUGCGUAUUGGGAUACGAAAUGUUUCGCAACCUAUCCGCUGAUAACAACAAGAAAUUCAAGAAAAAAAUGCUCAAGAACUUCCAAGAGGCACUCGUUGAUCCUGGUCCCGAUAUGGUGGUUUGCGACGAGGGUCAUUUACUAAAGAACGAGAAGACAAGCUUAUCGCAAUCCAUGAACCGAGUGCGUACGCGACGCCGCAUAGUUCUCACCGGCACGCCGCUACAAAACAACCUUAAAGAAUACUACUGCAUGGUGCAAUUUGUGAAACCGAACCUCCUAGGAAAGUACAAUGAGUACUUGAAUCGGUUUGUGAACCCGAUCACUAAUGGGCAGUACACAGAUUCCACGGAACACGAUAUAAGGAUUAUGAAGCGACGAUCACACGUGUUACAUAAGAUGUUAGAUGGCGCUGUACAGAGGAGAGAUUACGGCGUGCUAGCACCUUUCUUGCCUCCAAAGCACGAAUAUGUAUUGUUCAUCACACUAACAGAAGUCCAGAUUAAACUGUACCAAUUCUAUUUGGACAAUUAUUCGCGACGGCCUCUACCCGGCAAGUCUUCGGGUUUCUUGUUCCCUGAUUUUCAAUCGUUGCAGAGGAUAUGGACUCAUCCUCUUGUACUCAAAUAUAACUCGGAGAGAUACGAGAUUAUGCAACAGAAAAAGAGGGAGAGAGAAGAAGAAGAUUCUGAAGGCUCAUUAGUAGACUUUAUAGACGAUGAUUCAACACCAGACGAAUCCACCACAGAUGAAUCAUCUGAUGAUUUAUCAGAUGCGAGUGAUGAUAGCCGCAAGAAGAGCAAAAAGAAAAAAUCUCAAAAGAAAGGCAAAGGGAAGGAUUCUAAAAUGUCAACGCGGAGAGGGACCAGAGCAAAUCCAGUUGAACUGGAUGAAGACGAGGCCAACAACGAUGUAGUAGAAAUAAAAGAAGAAAACCCCACCGAGUGGUGGAUUAAAUUAGUGACAGACGACGAAAUAGAUGAUAUGCGGAACUCUCACAAACUGGUGUUGCUCUUCGAUAUACUCAGGCAGUGCGAUGCUAUUGGUGAUAAGCUAUUGGUGUUCUCACAAUCGUUAUAUUCAUUGGAUCUCAUAGAACACUUCUUAGGCAAAGUAGACGAAGCAACUCAAGAGGGCAGGAUUGACGAGAAACUGGCAGGUCAUGUUGGGUCGUGGUCUCCGGGAGUAGACUACUUCCGGUUGGACGGCUCAACGUCUUGCGAGAACAGAUCCAUAUGGUGCAAGAACUUCAACAGGGAAGACAAUCCUAGAGCCAGGUUAUUCCUAAUAUCGACGCGAGCGGGCGGCUUAGGCAUAAACCUUGUCGCUGCGAACCGAGUCGUCAUAUUCGAUGUGUCCUGGAACCCGUCGCACGACGUGCAAAGCAUAUUCCGAGUCUACCGCUUCGGUCAGAAGAAACCCUGCUAUAUAUACAGGUUUUUGGCUAUGGGCACAAUGGAGGAGAAAAUCUACGAGCGGCAAGUGACAAAACAAGCGAUAUCGAAGCGAGUGAUAGACGAACAACAAAUAGACCGCCAUUACGCGGAGAACGAUCUCGCGGAGCUGUACAAAUUCGAACCGCGGCCUCCGACGCCCAGACCUUUACCGCCGCUGCCUAAGGACAGACUGUUCGCCGAGAUGCUAAAGGAACACGAAGCACAGAUAUACAAGUACCACGAGCACGACUCUCUAUUAGAGAAUAAGGAAGAAGAAACCCUAAGCGAAGAAGAGAGGAAGGCAGCUUGGGAGGACUUUGAAAAUGAGAAGAACCGCCCUCCUCCCGCACCGUUCCCGUCUGCUUGGCCAAUGCACAAUGGAAUGGUACCUGGUCUACUGGCACAACAGCAGCAGCAGUUGGCAUACGCGGCGCUGGCCGCCAUGUUGCGUAAAGAUAUGCCAAACAUCAACGACAACACCAUCAGGGAUAUGCUACCACACAUAUACAACUCUAAUCCAGCGUUGAUGCAGAAAUUAUCGGAGUUAUACAAGUUCGCGCCCGGUGGUAUGAUGAAUCCUGCGAUGAUGAACCCAGUUAUGAAUGCCGCAGGCGGCGGCGGCGCAGGCGCGCUAGGAGGCGCCAGCGGGCUGCAGUACGAGCCGCCGUGGCAACGCCAGCACCAGCAGCAGCAGCAGCUGCGGCUGCAGCAACUCAUGCAGCACCAGAACCAAAUGGGCGCGAAGUACUACGCGGGCGGAUUGGGCAGCCGCGACCCGGUUGCGAUGGCGCUGCAGCAACAACGCGCGCGCGAGAUAAUGGCGGGAGACGCGCGCGCCCGCCCCCGCGGCCGCCCGCCCCUGCAGCCGCGCGCGCCCGCCCUCGCCGCGCCGCCCGCACACGCCGCGCACGCGGACGUCGUCAACCUCGACUCGGACUACCGCGCACGCGGACGUCGUCAACCUCGACUCCGACUAAUGAGUGCCACACACCCCCCACUGCAUGCAGCGCCCCCGCCCGCGGGGAUGAUGUCAACCCUGACUUUGACUUCGACUAGUGACGCGCACGCCCACGGGGAUGAUGUCAACUCUGACUUCGACUACGCCCACGCCCACGGGGAUAUCGUCAACCUCGACUCCGACUACGCCCGCGCCCACGGGGAUGUCGUCAAUCUCGACUCCGACUAG